UCUUAUUUUAAACAUCUGAGAUCCCAACCUGACACCAAUAUAAAGAUCUCCUGCCCAAAAAAUUCCAAAACCCUUUUUUUAAUCUUUGCCCUAAUUUUUUCCCAUUAUCCAUUGCCAUCUUCCUCUGAUCUAUGAACAAACUCUGUCACAAUCAAAUGUAUAUGGGCUUUUACAGCUAAGACUGUUCUUUGAAGGUGACACAGAAGGAAGGUCCACAUGAAUUAAGGUGGAGGGUUCAAGGUAUGCACACCUCCAUAUUCUCUCAACCCCAUAAAAAACUAUAACUUUCUUGUCUUUCAGAGACAUCAGUUGAUCUAUCGCCAAUCUUCACCCAUACCCAUUUCAUCCUUUUGGGGUUCCGUUUAAUUUUACUGGUAUUUAGGGUUUCAUCUCUUUUGGGUACUCUUUAAUUUCACGAAUCAUCGAUGUUGUUGGAUGUAAAACGGAACUGUAGUUGAGGGUUUCGUGUUAAUUUGGUGAAAAUUUGAUGAAUAUUGUGGAUGAUUUAUAUGAAAAGUUCAUGUUAUCCGGGAAUAAUUACAUGAAUAUGGUCAAACCCUGUUGGAAGCCAUCGGUGGAAGGCGAUGUACGGAAAACCGGAGAUCAAUCCGGAAGAACAGAUGGAUUGUUGUGGUACAAAGAUUUGGGGUCUCAUGUAAGUGGUGAAUUUUCGAUGGCUGUGAUUCAAGCAAACAACUUGUUAGAAGAUCAAAGCCAAGUCGAAUCAGGUCCAUUAAGUUCGAUGAACUCAGGCCCUUAUGGAACCUUCAUCGGAGUUUAUGAUGGACAUGGUGGACCUGAAACAUCAAGAUUCGUGAACGAAAACUUAUUCCCAAAUCUCAAGAAAUUUGCGUCUGAAGAUCAAGAAAUGUCUGCGAGUGUUAUCAAAAGGGCAUUUUUAGCAACAGAAGAGGAGUUUCUUUCUGUCGUAAGAGAACAAUGGCGGAUUUGUCCACAGAUAGCUUCAGUAGGAACGUGUUGUUUAGUGGGUGUGAUCAGCAAUGGGCUGGUGUACGUUGCUAAUGCUGGGGACUCACGAGUUGUGUUAGGGAAAGCUGAAAAAGGAGUUAGAGGUGUUUCUGCUAUACAAUUAUCAACUGAACAUAAUGCAAGUUUUGCUUCUGUAAGAGAUGAACUUCGAUCUUUGCAUCCUGAUGAUCCUAAGAUUGUUGUUCUCAAACAUAAUGUUUGGCGUGUUAAAGGUCUCAUACAGAUUUCAAGAUCCAUUGGGGACGCGUAUUUAAAGAAGGCGGAGUUUAAUAAAGAACCACUUUUAGCAAAAUUUAGGGUUGCCCCAUUUUCAAAACAAAUCCUUAAUCCGGAUCCUUCAAUCUUCAUACACAAACUUAACCCUAGAGACCAAUUUCUCAUAUUCGCAUCCGAUGGUUUAUGGGAGCAUCUUAGCAAUGAAGAAGCCGUUGAUAUUGUUCAUAACUACCCACGUAGUGGGAUUGCAAGAAGACUUGUGAAGGCUGCGCUUCAAAUAGCAGCAAAGAAAAGAGAAAUGAGAUAUUCGGACUUGAAGAAGAUCGAUAGAGGUGUUAGAAGACAUUUCCAUGAUGACAUCACUGUAGUUGUCAUGUUUUUAGACCCUCCGUUGACCAAUAGAGGUUUGACUCGUGGGUUGCCUCUAUCUAUAAAAGGAGGUCAAGGGUUGCCACGUGUCAAUAAGUCGUAGCGUUGGAGUUUGAAGCAGCAGCUGCUUUUUGUUGAGUAAUGAGUAAUGUUUGUAAACUAAAGAGAAUGUAAUGUAUUAUUAUUCCAGAGUGUGCCACGUGGAUUUUUAGAGGUUGUUAAUGAGUGAAUCAAAGGGUUAUUAGAGGCAACAUCGUCUUCAGAAAUUGAAGAUGGGAAAAUGGAAGAACAUCUUUUACGUCUUUAUAAAAAUCUUAUGAUAAUCUUUUAUUC